GUUAGGCUAUUAUUAUCAGCUGAAAACGUGACCGAGAAAGAAGCAAUAGAGGCUUACUUUUAUAGUGGGUUCAGUUACAGGGUUAUUCUACUCUUCCUUGACAAGUACCAUGACAUGCCAAUGUCUAUGUCAACAUUGAAAAGAAGGUUAUGUGAAUACAACCUUAAAAGGAAUAAAGUGGAUAUAAAUUUGCCUGCCGUUGAGAAAUUAAUCCGAGACGAGAUGGAUGGCCCAGGAGGCAUUUGUGGUUACAGAGCAGUUUGGCAUAUGCUUCGUAUAAAGUAUGGGCUGUUUGUCCCUAGGCAAGAGGUAGAAUCCCUGAUCAGAACGAUAGACCCAGCUGGAGUGGAAGAGAGGAAGCGCCACAGGCUAAAAAGAAGGAAGUAUGAGUCUCCUGGACCAAAUUAUUGUUGGCAUGUUGAUGGUUAUGAUAAACUGAAACCUUUCGGAUUUCCCAUCCAUGGGGCUGUUGAUGGCUAUAGUCGCAUGGUAAUAUGGCUUAAGGUAGAUAGAACCAAUAAUGAUCCAGAAAUAACUGCAAAGUUUUUUUUAGAUUGCGUUGUGGAGGUCGGUGGAUGUCCUUCAUUACUCCGAACAGACUGCGGAACAGAGAAUGUAGUAAUUGCAGGUACACAGUGUUUUUUAAGAGCUGACUGUGAUGACGAGUUAGCUGGUGAAAAAUCACACCGUUAUGGUCCUUCUACUGGAAAUCAAAGAAUAGAGGCCUGGUGGGCCCAUCUUCGCCGUAGUCGUCUAACAUGGUGGAUCAACUUUUUUAAAGACCUUGUGGAUCGUGGGAUAUUUCUGACUGGUGAUGUGCUCCAUGGGGAGUGCAUAUGGUUUUGCUUUGCAGAAUUAAUCCAGCAUGAUCUAGACUUUGUGAAGUUUCACUGGAAUACACACUACAUUCGGCGUUCAAGGCAUGAAACAGUUCCUGGGAAACCAGAGGAACUCUAUUAUCUUCCAGAAAACUUUGGAGCUUCAAACCACUUACACCCAGUGUCCCCUGAAAAGCUAGAUGAAGCAAGGCUGAAAUGUAAAGCAACAGAUUUUAACGACGAUUUUCAGGAGUACUUUAAUCAUGUUUUGUCCCUUCUUAAUGUUUCCAAGCCCUCUAACUGGAAGGAAGCUUUGAACCUGUUUUCUUAUUUAAUAAGAGUUGCAGUGUAG